UAAUCAAAUUCCAAUUUUGUCAUUGCCCAUUUCUCAAGGAAGCCAAACCAAAACCCAGUGCCCCCUGACUUCCCUUCCCUUCCCUUCUCUAUCUUCUCUCUCGAUCGCCGGCGAACACUGACGAACACACCGUGAAUACUUCUCCAGCUAGGGUUCCGGCGAGCUUAAAAUGGCGUCGGAGGACGUGGUAGGGAAGAGAAGCGAGAGUGCUGUUACUACAAUCGUUAAUCUGGCUGAAGAAGCUAAGAUUGCGAGCGAAGGAGUUAAAGCUCCGAGUCAUGCUGCUAUCUUCAGUAUUAUCAAGUCUCUCGCUGCUGGUGGCAUCGCCGGUGGAGUGUCACGCACUGCAGUUGCUCCAUUGGAAAGGCUUAAAAUUCUGCUCCAGGUUCAGAAUCCUCACAGUAUAAAAUACAAUGGUACAGUUCAGGGGUUGAAAUAUAUAUGGAGAACUGAGGGUUUCCGGGGUUUGUUCAAAGGAAAUGGUACUAAUUGUGCCCGCAUUGUUCCAAACUCUGCCGUCAAGUUCUUCAGCUAUGAGGAGGCGUCCAGGGGAAUCUUAUGGUUUUACCGGCAGCAAACUGGAAAUGAGGAUGCUGAACUUACUCCUCUUCUACGCCUUGGUGCUGGAGCAUGUGCAGGCAUCAUUGCCAUGUCAGCAACUUAUCCAAUGGACUUGGUACGAGGCCGGAUUACUGUCCAGACAGAUAAAUCCCCUUCCCAGUACAGAGGGAUAUUUCAUGCUCUUAGAACAGUUUUUGUUGAAGAAGGCCCGCGUGCUCUGUACAAAGGAUGGCUUCCUUCUGUGAUAGGUGUGAUUCCUUAUGUAGGUUUAAACUUUGCUGUUUAUGAAUCGUUAAAAGAUUGGUUGGUCAAAACCCGACCAUUGGGACUAGCUCAAGACUCUGAAUUGAGUGUUACGACAAAGCUCGGCUGUGGUGCUGUUGCUGGAACUAUUGGGCAGACAGUUGCUUACCCUCUUGAUGUCAUCCGUCGAAGAAUGCAGAUGGGUGGCUGGAAAAAUGCUGCUUCAGUUGUUACUGGCGAGAGCAAGGCACCUCUAGAGUAUAGUGGCAUGGUCGAUGCAUUCAGGAAAACAGUUCGUCAUGAGGGAGUUGGAGCUUUGUAUAAGGGUUUAGUCCCAAAUUCAGUCAAGGUGGUACCGUCUAUAGCAAUUGCAUUUGUGACAUAUGAGGUGGUAAAGGACAUUCUUGGUGUGGAAAUGAGGAUAUCUGAUUGAAUUACUCGAAGAAGUUCAGGUUAUAUUCUGAACCUACAUGUUAAUUUGCCUAGAGAAGCAAGGAAGGUGUUUAUGGGAAAGCGUUAUUUCGUCGACUUGGAAAAGGAGAGAUCCUGAGCACCCGAAUAUUUUUACCCAUACCCACCAAUUGUCUUUGCGUCCUCUAGGUUUUUAGUAUAUUGGAGAAAUUAGCAAUAAAGAAUGGUCCAGAAGUAGCAGUAGGUGCACUUCAUGUUAUAGGAAUCAAAAUACUCAUUUUGCGAGUAUUUUUAUACAACGCUUAUUGAAUAGAUAUCUGGGUCUUUGGUUUCA